UUUAGUUCAUUUCCGCAGCUGGCGGCGAUGGAAGUACCGCGAUUACGACUGGCAAUUGUGAAGUGAGAUUUUGUUUUUGAAUCGGUAUCGGGAUCAUAUCGCGUAUACGCAUAUGUGUGACGUAGGAUAUAGAGCUCUAUACGGCAUUCGGUGAUUCCAAGGAGUGGAGGGUAUAAGCCUUAAGUUAGCCACCUUGAACUUGGGCCGCUGAUCGCUCAAUUAGAUGCAGGCCAUUCAGUUAGUCGGUCGGUGAGUGAGUGCAUCGCGUAGUGUUUGAAUAUAAAAAUAAAUAAAAGCACCGAAAUAAAAGCUAAAAACUACUGGCGCAGGAAGAGCAGUGCUGCCAAUUGGCGGGCUUGCCAAGGAGAUACUAUACGGAUCCCAUUGGGAAUACAGAAUAUAGAAUACGGAAUAGAGUGAUCAGAACGUCAUGGAGAAGAAGGUCUACCAGGACACAACCCGACCGCUUCCCAGGGUUUCUCGGGCUCGGUACUACAACAAGCACGAUAAGAGCGAUCUGGGCGAGGACUUUGUGGCCCCCGAUGCGGGAUGGGCGUGGCUCGUUUGCGUGGCCGCUGGGGUAUCCAAUCUGUCCAUUUACCCCUGCCUGCAACAGUUUGGCUUUCUGUUCAGGGAGCGCCUUUCCGAUCUGGGGAUGUCCAGUUCCCAGAUCACGGCCAUUAUAAACACAAAUCCAGCCGUAUCGGCCUGUACGGGCCUGCUCAAUGGACCGAUGUUCCGGAGGUUUACCUUUCGGCAGGUGGCCAUGGCCGGCGCGCUCCUCAUCUCCGGCGGCAUCGUACUGACCGCCUUCUGUGAGACCUUUCUGGGCUAUAUGGUGGCCUACGCCCUGCUCUUCGGCUUCGGCAUGGGCAUCAGUGUAUCCGCUUCCUCGCUGGCGAUCAACACGUACUUCCAGCAGAAGCGUCGUCGGGCGGCGGGAUUCUCGUGGACGAUCACGGGCCUGGGUCCGAUCUUCCUGCCCCACCUGGUCACCUUCAUGCUGACCAUCUACGGGGUGCAGGGCACCACCCUGCUCUUCGCCGCCAUCUCGCUGCACGCGUUCGUCUGUGCGCUGAUCUACCAGCCGGUUCGUUACCAUGUGAAGCCGCCGGAGGAUCAGCCGGCGGAUCCGGAGCAGCAGGCGGAGCAGGCCAACCAUUUGUGUGCCCACUGCGCCUGGCAGCAGAAACGCGAGCCGGGCGGCAUCUUCUCCAGCCAGUAUCUGUGCCAGGACGACGAUGCCCAGCGACCGGGCUACGAGAUCUGCGAGCCGGGCACUCCGAUGCUCUCGCGGGCCAACGAUGGUUGGUAUGGAUCGCGGCUCUCGUUGACCUCGGGUCGCCUGCGAUUCCGUACCAUUUCCAGCUCCAAGGAUCUGGAGCAGACGCAGCGGCUCCACUGUCCCAUAAGCGAGGAGCAGAGCGGCCACCAGACCGAUGAGUUCCUGCGACCCAAUAACUUUCGACGCGAGCGGACGGAGACAAAUCUGGAGGCCAAGUUGUGUUGUCGCUGCGUGGAGCGGCGAGAGGAGCAUAAUAAUAACUAUAACAACAAGAGGGAAAGGGAGCCGGAGGAGGUUGAGGUAGAGGAUGCUCCCCUCCACGAUCCCCAGAUGAGUUUCCUGGCCAAGGUGGUGACCUUCUUCGAUCUCGACCUGCUGCGCGACUUCACCUUCGUCAAUCUGGUGGCCGGACUGACGAUAAUCAACUUCGGGGAGCUCAACUUCUCCAUCCUGACGCCCUUCAUCCUGGCCGACUUCGGUUUCGACACGCCGCAGAUCACGUUGGCCAUGUCGCUGCUGGCGGGCCUGGACAUCACCAUGCGGUUCCUGGUGCCCUUCCUCACAGAGAAGAUCCCGUGGGACAACCGGGUCUUCUUCCUCAUCGGCGUGGUGGGCAUCGCCCUCGGCCGCACGGUGGUGGCCUGCACCCGAUCCUACAGCAUCAUCCUCUGCAGCUUCGUGUGGAUCGGCCUCUGCAAGGGGGUGCGCACCAUCUUCUGGCCCCUGAUCAUACCCGGCUAUGUGCCCCUCAACCGCCUGCCAGGAGCCUCGGGACUGCAGCUCCUGAUCUCCGGGCUCUUCACCCUGAUCGGCGGCCCAUUUGUGGGUUUGGUGCGAGAUCGCUACAACUAUUCGGUUACCCUGCACUGUCUCAAUAUGAUGUCCUUCGUGGCGGCGGCCUCUUGGACUGUGGAGGCCUUAGUUCGGCGGCAUCGUCGCAAGCAGCGCCUGGUGGACAGCUGAGGAGGCUAUCAUAAGGCGUUAUCCAACUCAAAGACAUUGUAGCAUAGGAGCCACUUUUUUUUUUGCUAGCCCUAAGGAAAUGUUUUGUAUAAUAAAUGUGCCUUAACAUUAUAUUCCCAGAAGUGUGCCAAGCGGAA